AAACAUCAACAAAACAACAUAUUAUAAAAAAUACCUGAGUGCUUAGUUUACCUGAUCUCUAUAUUAUUGUUUUGGUUUUGUUUUUAUUUAAUUUACUUUCAUUAAUUAAGUGUAUUAUAUUUUAUUUAUUGUUCAAAUAUUUAAAAUAAAUAUUAGUUACCGUGUUGUAUUUUGCUAUUUGUUUUAUUCUGCAUUGUAAUUUAAUUUUAAAAAAAAAUGACUAAAGAGAAUAACAUGAAAAUUACAGAAUUAGAUUCGGAAUAUAAACAAAAACAAUUGGAAGAAUUACGAAAACGUGUUUUAGAGGACACAAGUUUGACUGCUCGCACUGAUGAUAUAUUUUUAACAAGAUUCUUAAGAGCAAAAGCAUAUCAUAUUAAUUCAGCAUAUUACAUGUUAAAAGGCUAUGUAAAUUAUAAUGAAAAAUAUACAAAUUCAUGGCUAACUAUUCAAAGGCCAUUAAUGAAACAAGUACUGGGCUCAGAAGUGAUUGAUAUAAUACCUAACUGUGAUUCAGAAGGUCGAAGAGUAUUUUGGUUUCGAUUUGGUAAAUGGAAUCCAAGAGAUUUUCCACCGGAAGCUGGUUUACACGUAGCCGCUUUGAUUGCACAAUUGGCGCUAUUGGAGUCAAUACCUUUAGAAAGUAUUAUAUCUGUUUAUGAUUUAAAAGAUACGUCAUUUGCACACGCUAAAAAUGUGACACCCAGUUUUGCAAAACGUAUGGUUGCAUUUUUAACGAAUUGUGCUCCUGUACACAUUUUACAAAUUCACAUUGUUCGAGAAUCUACAGUAUUUGGAAUGUUAUUUUCAAUUUUCAAAGCAUUUUUAGAUGAAAGAAUUAAAAAAAGGAUUUCUAUUCAUGGAAAUAAUUUUGAAUCACUACACAAAGCAAUAGAUAAGAAAAUUUUACCACCGGAAUUAGGAGGUGAGGCAGAACCACUAGAUCCAUUACGAUGGAACGAUGAAUUGCAAAAAGAAUCCGUUAUAAAGGAAAUUGGAAAAGAAGGAUAUGUGAUUGUCGAUUAACAUCGAUAUACUGGAAAAUUCCUUUAGAAAAUUUUGUAAUUUAUAGCAUCAUUUUAAUUUUUUU